UCACGCUCGGGGCCUGGUGCGGCCUGUGAGGGACCGAGGGAGGCCAUUGCGGCUGGAGCGUCUCCGAGAGCUUGGUCAGGAAUCGAAGCGGCAGAGUGGCUCCCCCGAGGGCUUCCGAGGAGAACUUUAAACCCACCAAUUCUGCAUUGGAGGGCAAGCACAAUCCAUAACCUGCCAAUUUGAAUGUUGCAGCAAACUAUAGCUGGCUUUGACCUGAUAACCAUACCAUGGUUUGCUAUGUGUGAACCAGCUGCAAACGUAUAAUCAUUUGGAAAUAUCUUGAAAACUGCCAAAUCCUGGGAGGAAAACUACAUGACACUACAUCAUGAGCGAGAGUAAAUGUGACAGUCAGUUUUACAGUGUUCAAGUCUCAGACUCGACAUUCACUGUACUAAAACGUUACCAACAAUUGAAACCUAUUGGCUCUGGGGCUCAAGGCAUUGUAUGUGCUGCAUUUGAUACAGUUCUUGGAAUAAAUGUUGCUGUAAAGAAAUUGAGUCGCCCUUUUCAGAACCAAACACAUGCAAAACGAGCUUACAGGGAACUUGUGCUUCUAAAAUGUGUCAAUCACAAAAAUAUAAUUAGUCUAUUAAAUGUAUUCACACCACAGAAGUCACUAGAAGAAUUUCAAGAUGUGUAUUUAGUUAUGGAACUAAUGGAUGCUAACUUGUGCCAAGUAAUUCAUAUGGAGUUGGAUCAUGAAAGAAUGUCCUACCUUUUGUACCAGAUGCUGUGUGGUAUCAAACAUCUCCAUUCAGCUGGUAUCAUCCAUAGAGAUUUAAAACCCAGCAAUAUAGUAGUAAAAUCAGAUUGUACUCUCAAAAUCCUUGACUUUGGACUUGCAAGGACGGCAUGUACUAAUUUCAUGAUGACCCCAUAUGUAGUAACACGAUAUUACAGAGCACCAGAGGUUAUUCUUGGCAUGGGAUACAAAGAGAAUGUUGAUAUCUGGUCAGUUGGUUGCAUCAUGGGAGAAUUGGUGAAAGGUUGUGUGAUAUUCCAAGGCACUGAUCAUAUUGACCAGUGGAAUAAAGUUAUUGAACAACUAGGUACACCAUCAGCAGAUUUUAUGAAAAAACUGCAGCCUACUGUGCGGAACUAUGUAGAAAAUAGGCCAAAAUAUCCAGGUAUCAAAUUUGAAGAGUUGUUCCCAGACUGGAUAUUUCCAUCGGAAUCUGAUCGGGACAAACUAAAAACCGGUCAAGCUAGAGAUUUACUAUCAAAAAUGCUAGUAGUAGAUCCAGACAAACGAAUUUCGGUAGAUGAAGCUUUGCGUCAUCCAUAUAUCACUGUUUGGUAUGACCCAGCUGAAGCUGAAGCACCUCCUCCUCAAAUCUACGAUGCACAGUUGGAAGAAAGAGAACAUGCCAUUGAAGAAUGGAAAGAACUAAUAUAUAAAGAAGUAAUGGAUUGGGAAGAAAGGAAUAAGAAUGGUUUGGUAAAAGAACAACCUUCAGAUGCAGCAGUGAAUAGCAACACCAGCCCUUCCCAGUCAUCAUCUAUCAAUGACAUUUCAUCCAUGUCGACAGAACAAACAUUGGCUUCAGACACAGACAGCAGCCUUGAUGCUUUGACAGGAACACUUGAAGGAUGCCGGUGAUCAGCUUUGCAGAUUUAACAUUGGCAAAGAACUUUUGCUUCUGUUGGGCCUGAAAUGCUUGUAAGUUUAUGGAACCAAGUCAAGAAACUCCAUGUUCUGCAUGUUUUUUUUCUAAAGUAAUGCCUGUGAUUUUACUCAGUUGAAAUAAGACUAUCUGCUUAAUAGUUGUAAAAUGAAAGCAACUUCAUAUCUCGGGUCGAAACAAAUAUUACUAUACCUAUUCUGUUUUAACCUACAUCAGGUGAGCAGUUAGAGUAACUCGAAGCUCUAAUGAGUUCAUGGGCAUUCUGUCAGACAUCUGAAACUUAAUCAAUAUAAAUUUCAAAGAAAAAGAAGAAGAAAGCCAUUGUAAGUGGCGUUGAAUGUAUAUCUUUACAAUUACAUGCAUUUGCUAUAUUAGUGUAUUUUGCUGGUAUUUUCAGUACUGUAAAAUAUCGAGGCAGUUGUUUACCUACAUUGCAUUCUUUUCUCGGGGCCUUUUCCUCUCCACCUCCUAAUUUCUGUACUUUUCUAUAAAAGAAGCAAACUUGUGAAUUCUUGCUUCAUCCUUACAUCUGAAUGUAACUCUGCUUCUCUGAAUGUACUCUUUCAGUGCUUUCAUUUCAAGGGGUAAGGUGGAAUAAGCAAAAUGUGCCAUGUGGGAAUUUUUUUUAAUUCUUGCAUGCAUUUAUGCAUUAGUGUGUCUUUUGAAAAUAAGAUUUUGGGGGUCUUUAAAGCAGUUCAUAAAACACUCUUAGAAAUCCUGACCCCUUUUUUCAUACUCUGGCAUUUCCAUGGAAAACUUGAUUAAAAAAUGGGGGCAUUCAAAGGGGUUGGAGGCCUACCUUGACCCUUUGAAUAGGCAUUAAAAUAUCUGCUUUUAUGGUCUGUGUAUUAAAAGGGAUCUUUACUCCCUGUGUAUAAAUAACUACAUCUACAUCCAGAAUAAAUAGAAACUUCUAAAAGAAAGUGAAAGGGGCUAUUUUAAACACCGAACCGUAUGAAAAGGACUACAUUUAUUAUACAUAAUUGUGUCUCCCCCCCCCUUUCUCUGGCAUAUUCCAAAGGCAAACACCAGUUUGACAUGAUUCAGUUUCUUUCUAGCUCUAAAAAAUUGUAAUUCGUCACACCCUGAGCUUGAGUUAAAACUAUUCACCUAGGGUUUAAAAUAAAAAUGUUUAUGUGAAUGUGUAGGUGGGUUGCCAGACUAACACUUUGUAUUAGAUAUGGUGGGAGGAACAAAGUUAUGAGACAAUCCCAGGUGGUGCAACAGGCUUACUGGCAAGCUCUAAACAAUGCAGAUUUCUGGCUUGGUGAUGGACAUCUGUUUGUUCCACUGAAAACCAAAGUCAGACUAUAUAUGCCAUCGUUCUGCUCUGGCACCAGCACUUUACUAACAUCAAAAUCUGAUGCAAGAUUACUUGGAAGUAUGUCCUAAGGAAUUCAGUGAGGUCUACUCCCAGGUGAGUGAGUAUAGGAUUGCAGCCUAAAUAGAUGUUUGUAGGAUAAGCACUCUCAGGCAAUGGUCCACAAAUACAUUUUAGAGUAGCCCCAUCAUGUUGCUGCAUUUGCUGCUACAGACUUCUCUUUGAAUUUGCUCUUAGGGUUUUCCAGAUGUGCAUGUAAAUUUAUUGCUAUCUUUUCACUUGAGACUUGCGGCUGAACAUGGGAACUGCCUCCCUUAAAUAUUGUGCUUGAGAUGCGAGAUGGUAUGAAAUUUGUUUGUGGUAGCUAUUUAUUAUGUGCACCUGCCAGCAGCUGAUGAAUUGCUAAGUGAUACAUUUGUGUAUGAGUUGAUUUUUGGAUGAAUGGAUUGCCCCGAUCCAGAGUGCUUAUUCAGGUAUGUCAUUCAUUUCAGUAGAACUUAAUUUCAGGUAUGUUAUUAAAAAUAAAACUUACAUCUUUAAAGAGCCCCUGUAAAACUGUUGGCCAGGAUCCUAAGAACCACAUGCACAUUAUGCCCCCACCCCUUGUAAUUCAUUGGUCGUCAGGGUACCUGACUUUCAGGAGUGAUUUUUCUAAGGUUCAGUCCCAGUGCACAAUUAAAACUAGGUGUGUAAACCUUUGGAACCUGGACGUAAUUUA